AUGAUGAAGCGCCUCCUCACUAUUCAAAUAAUGUACGAAAUUUUCUGAAUACCACUUUCGGCGAUCGUUGGAUUGGCAGAGGCGGUCCACAUCCUUGGCCACCGAGAUCACCGGAUCUCACUCCCCUCGAUUUUUGCCUUUGGAGAUGGAUGAAGUCGUUAGUAUAUGCUACUAAAGUGGAAACGAGGGAAGCGUUACUAGAUCGCAUUCUUAAUGCAGCAGCUAUCAUUAGAGCGAUCAAUCGUUCAUUGAAACUCACUACUAGUGCAGUUUAUAAACGCGCAAAUAAGUGUAUCGAAGUGGG